GAGAGGGCACACAAUAUUUACGGAUGAAAGACAUGGUAAAUGUCAAAGGUUAUUUCAAAGAUAAUUGAGAUUUCUACGUGAGGUUUUAUAUUCCAGUAGCUGUGGUGAUAAGCUCGCGUGAGACAGAUAUAAGAAACAAACUACAGUCUUGCUCAAUGAACACUCUAGAGUUGCUUCAAAAGAUAGAUGUGAAGUGUUAUUUAAUUUGGAAGGAGUAUUAAAGAAGAAGAUUUCUUACAAAAAAAAAACUGUUUUAAAAUAAGUGCUUCUUGUUUAAGACAAAAUACUGAAGGCUACGUGUUCCAGCGUAUCGUGUUGUGAAAUUGUAGUACUAUAUACUGUUUACUUCCAGUGUGUGUUUUCUGAAAUUAUAAUCGUUUUUUACGUCGCAAUAAAGGAACUGAUUACAGGCAAAAAUGAGUUUCCAUUUGUGCAAUUUUAUCGUCGUUGCAACAGUUCUAGCUAGACCAUGUUGUUUCAUGGAAAUAAGAUUAGGAGUGAUUCUACCUGAAGUGUCUAGUUAUCCAUGGAGCAUUAUGCAUGUGAUGCCAGCAAUCGAAAUGGCGGUUGAAAGCGUUCAACGUGACAUUCUACCGGAACACAGAGUGUUCACUUAUGUAAAGGAUUCAGAAUGUUCAGCGACUAUGGGACCGUUAGCAGCGAUGGAUUUACACAAGGAUAAACACGUCCAUGUUCUCUUUGGACCAGUUUGUCCUUACGCUGUAGCGCCUGUAGCGAGAUUUAGCCCGCACUGGAAUGUACCGCUUAUUACAGCGGGUGCAAGUGCAUAUGACUUUGACUAUAAAUCCGAAUUCAAGCUGCUAACUCGAGUUCAUGAAACAUUUUCGAAAGAAGCUGAUGCCAUCAUACAACUCGCAUCCAAAUUCAACUGGAAACAUUUUGGCCUGCUAUAUCAAAAAUAUAGAAGGUCUGCACCAGGAUAUUCCGACUGUUUUCACAGAAUAUCAGCCAUCCACUUAAAAAUCAAGGAAACCUUUCCAUGGUAUGAAAUAUUCGUUAGGAUUCUUCAUUCUUCAUACACAGACUUUGAUCGCAUUCUUAACUCAGCAUCACAAAAUGCAAGAAUUAUUGUAAUGUGUGGCAGUCCAGAUUCUGUCAGAGAAUUGAUGAUUACAGCAAAUGAGCUCGGCUACGACAAUGGAGAAUAUGUGUUCCUCAACAUCGAUUCAGGAGAAAGUGAAAACAACUUUGAGUUGCCUUGGUAUAGAGAAGAGGAUACAAUGGAAAGGAACAAUAAAGCCAGAAAGGCUUAUGAGGCCCUAAUGCGAAUAUCACUGCUCAAACAAAAGAGUCUUGAAUAUAGCAGUUUCAGCAACGAAGUCAAGCUUAGAGCAAAACUACGUUACGAAAACUUUACGUCCUAUGAAGGGGAGGUAAACAGUUAUGUAGGUGCAUUCCAUGAUGCGGUAGUACUAUAUGCACUUGCUUUAAACGAGACGAUCGAAGCUGAUGAAUCAGUCACUGACGGUUCAGCAGUUACACGACGAAUGUGGAACAAAACAUUCAACGGUAUCACAGGUAGCGUAGUUAUAGACGAAAACGGUGACAGAAUAAUGGAUUAUUCACUUCUAGAUAUGGAUCCAAGCACAGGAAGAUUUCAGGUUGUCGUAAAUUAUAUCGGACAGUCGAAGGAGCUCGUACCUUUACCAGAUAGACGAAUACAUUGGGGAAAUGAGUACGACAGUGCCCCACCAGAUACUCCCUCAUGUGGUUUCGACAAUUCAAAGUGUGAAAACAAUGGGGAGUCAACUGACACAUCAACCUCAAAGUCUUCAUCACGAAGAAAGGUCGAGGACAUGUUAGAGAGUUUGCAACUUACGCUUUCAAAAAUCACAGAAGCAGUUCAAGGGCACAAUGCCAGCCUUGUAGCAAUGACAAAGCUAGUCAAAGAAGAAGCUAGAUUUGAUGGUGAUUCCUAGGUUGUAAUAGAGAAAGUUAUUUGGCAGGAUCAAAAAUCUUACAUUAUAACACAUGGAACGGUAUAAUUGUAUGUUAAUAUUUCAUAAAUUGUGAAACACUUGGACGGAUAUUGCAUAUCACACGAUUAUGUAUGAUGUUGAUAUCUUUAAUACGACAGUACACUAGAAUGUAUAUUGCAUAAUUAUAAACAUGGUGAAAGUACUAUCUGUAUGUUGAUAUCUUUAAAACGAUGAUAUGUGUAUUGUAUAUCAUAGGAAAAUGUACGUGCUAGAAUCUUUUGUUGCAAACAUAGAUUUAAGUCAAUGCGAUAUCAUGACAAAGCGACGCACGCUUAAAAAUAUCAAUUAGUUAAAUAAAGUGUAUACUCAUUUCAUUCUUAACUUCGUUUGAUUGUUUUCGAUUCUGCAUAGAAGAAAACGCUGUAUGCAAA